AUGCAGCCUACCUCUCGGCAUGAGCCUGGGUCCGCGGAAGCUGUUGUUGCUGCGCGACUUAGGCGGGCGCAAGGACUCCGGGUUCAGCGCCAAGUAGCUGCUCAAACACCAACAGACCCGCAUGGACCGGUUACUUCCUUACCACCCCAUUCAAGAGGUGCAGGUAGGCAGGGGCGUCGGAGGGUUGAAGGUCGACCGUCGCGAGGGCGGGGCAAUGCUAGACAGCAACAGGGGAACCGAGUGGGAAUGCAACAGACGGGGAGGGGAGCGGGAACGCAACAGCAAGGGAGGGGAGUGGGAAUGCAACAGCAAGGGGGGGCAGAAGGUAUGCAGCAGCAGGUGGGGGGAGUGGGAACGCAACAGCAGAGGAGGGGAGUGGGAAUGCAACAGCAAGGUGGGGGAUUGGGAAUGCAACAGCAGGUGGGGGCAAAUGGUAUGCAUCAGCAGGUGGGGAGAGUGGGAAUGCAACAGCAGAGGGGAGGAGGGGGAAUGCAACAACAAGGGACGGGAGCGGGAAUGCAACAGCAUGAGAGGGGAGUGGGAGUGCAACAGCAGGAGAGGGGAGUGGGAAUGCAACAGCAGGAGAGGGGAGUGGGAGUGCAACAACAUGAGAGGGGAGUGGGAAUGCAACAGCAGGGGAGGGGAGUGGGAAUGCAACAGCAGGAGAGGGGAGUGGGAAUGCAACAGCAGGAGAGGGGAGUGGGAGUGCAACAGCAUGAGAGGGGAGUGGGAAUGCAACAGCAGGGGAGGGGAGUGGGAGUGCAACAGCAGGAGAGGGGAGUGGGAAUGCAACAGCAGGAGAGGGGAGUGGGAGUUCAACAGCAUGAGAGGGGAGUGGGAGUGCAACAGCAGGAGAGGGGAGUGGGAAUGCAACAGCAGGAGAGGGGAGUGGGAGUUCAACAGAAUGAGAGGGGAGUGGGAAUGCAACAGCAGGGGAGGGGAGUGGGAAUGCAACAGCAGGAGAGGGGAGUGGGAAUGCAACAGCAGGAGAGGGGAGUGGGAGUGCAACAGCAUGAGAGGGGAGUGGGAAUGCAACAGCAGGGGAGGGGAGUGGGAAUGCAACAGCAGAAGAGGGGAGUGGGAAUGCAACAGCAGGAGAGGGGAGUGGGAGUGCAACAGCAUGAGAGGGGAGUGGGAAUGCAACAGCAGGAGAGGGGAGUAAAAAUGCAACAGCAGGAGAGGGGAGUGGGAAUGCAACAGCAGGGGGGAGCAGAAGGUAUGCAGCAGCAUGUAGGGGGGGUAGGAACCCAUCAGCGAGAUGGGGAAGUGGGUAUGCCACAGCAUGGGGGGGAUCAGAAUCGGAAUCGGUUCAGUUUUGUGGGGAUGCAACAGCACGCCGGGGAAAAACGGGCACGGCAACAUGAGCUGGACGAUGGUAUGCAGCAACAGAGGAGGGGAGUGGGAAUGCAGCAGCAAGGGUGGGGAAUCACUAUGCAGCAGCAAGGCCUGGUUUUGGGGUCGGAGGUGUUGCAGCUUGCAGGCAAGCGCUCGCUAGAGGGAGGAUUACCUCUGAUACCUCCCUCCCUGUAG